ACGUUUGACAGCCAAGACUCUUUCCAACCCUCCUGUUCCCUGGUUCACCUCUCAACUUCCUGCUGCUCCCAGCGACUUCCCGUUCCCGCAACAAAGGGAGCGGAGGGGAGGGGAGAGAGGGCGCCGCCGAGUCCCGCCGGGCCUGCCCGGGGUCCGGCCUCGCGCCCGCCUCCCCACCCUCGCAGGGCCCCAGCCGGCGGGUUACAUAACGGGACCUGCGGGACGCUCUCGCGAGGUUUCCACCGCCCUCUCCUCGCUCCACGUCAGAGGGAACCGGGCGGAGCGGCCAACAUGGCGGAACGCAGGCGACACAAGAAGCGGAUUCAGGAAGUUGGUGAGCCAUCUAAAGAAGAGAAGGCUGUAGCCAAGUAUCUUCGAUUCAACUGUCCAACAAAGUCCACCAAUAUGAUGGGUCACCGGGUUGAUUAUUUUAUUGCUUCAAAAGCAGUGGAUUGCCUUUUGGAUUCAAAGUGGGCAAAGGCCAAGAAAGGAGAAGAAGCUUUAUUUACAACAAGGGAGUCCGUGGUGGACUACUGCAACAGGCUUUUAAAGAAACAGUUUUUUCACCGGGCCCUAAAAGUAAUGAAAAUGAAGUAUGAUAAAGACAUAAAAAAAGAAAAAGAGAAAGGAAAAGCUGAAAGUGGAAAAGAAGAAGAUAAAAAGAGCAAGAAAGAAAAUCUAAAGGAUGAAAAGAUAAAAAAGGAAAAAGAAAAAAAAAAAGAUGGUGAAAAGGAAGAAUCCAAAAAGGAGGAAACUCCAGGAACUCCCAAAAAGAAGGAAACUAAGAAAAAAUUCAAGCUUGAGCCACAUGAUGAUCAAGUUUUUCUGGAUGGAAAUGAGGUAUUUGUGUGGAUCUAUGACCCAGUUCACUUUAAAACCUUUGUCAUGGGAUUAAUUCUUGUGAUUGCAGUGAUAGCAGCCACCCUCUUUCCUCUUUGGCCAGCUGAGAUGAGAGUAGGCGUUUAUUACCUCAGUGUGGGUGCAGGCUGUUUUGUAGCCAGCAUUCUUCUCCUUGCUGUUGCUCGUUGCAUUCUGUUUCUCAUCAUUUGGCUCAUAACUGGAGGAAGGCACCACUUUUGGUUCUUGCCAAAUCUGACUGCUGAUGUGGGCUUCAUUGACUCCUUCAGGCCUCUGUACACACAUGAAUAUAAAGGACCAAAAGCAGACUUAAAGAAAGAUGAGAAAUCUGAAACCAAAAAGCAGCAGAAGUCCGACAGUGAGGAAAAGUCAGACAGUGAGAAAAAGGAAGAUGAGGAGGGAAAAGCAAGACCAGGAAACCAUGGACCAGAAGGCUCAGGUGGAGAACGGCAUUCUGACACAGACAGUGACAGGAGGGAAGACGACCGAUCCCAGCACAGUAGUGGAAAUGGGAAUGACUUUGAAAUGAUCACAAAAGAGGAGCUGGAACAACAAACAGAUGGAGAUUGUGAAGAGGAGGAAGAAGACGAUGAUGGAGAAACAACUAAACCUUCACAUGAAAAAUCAUAACCUGCCUAACUUUGGGACUAAAUACGUGUAAGAGGUUGGAUUUUCUAUGUUGGCUGAUCGUCAUAAUGUACACGUGACAUUUGUAGCAUUCUUUAAAUCCAUUUACUGAAAUGUAUUUGACAUCUAAGCAAUUAUAUUCAGUCCUUCAUUUUAUAGAACACUUAUUGGUACAGUCAAAAGCCAUUUAUCAGUUUUAUCUAUUUGAUAAAUUUAUAGUAAGUAGGUUUCAUUAAUUUUGACAGUUAUCAAAGAUGCACUUUCCACAAUGACAUUUAGAUAAAUGGCAUUUUUGAUAAUUGUAUGGCUUCUUACUGUUAGACUAAUCAAAAUAACUAAAAGGGAUAAAAAAGAAACACCAACAUUUCAGAUUAUGCAUAGUUAUAUAGCCAUUUCACAGUUGCUUUGAGAUGAAAUGCUUAAACUCGUUGUUCUUGAUAGUUAAGAUUUUGUUGAUUACAAAAUUAUACCAGGAAAUUUCUAAGAUUCUGACUUAGCAGGGUUCAAAAAGCAUUUUGUGGAAACAAGCCAACUAGUAAUAAUGCAACAAUACUUUUAGUUUAGCUACAAAUUCUCCUUUUCCAACUUAGGAAAUCCAAACUGGUUUGUGCAUCUGCUUCCGAGAAAGAUGGUCGUCUCCAACAGAGAGGCCGAGCCGCAUUGGCGGGAAGGUGAUGGCUCUUCCUCCCAUUUCCUUGUCGUAAAGUAAUGUAUUCUGUACAUAAUUUACAAAUAAACAUUUUAUUUUAAUUGUUACUUAUUAUUUAGACAUUUUCUUAACACUUAAAUUUGUAAAAUUAAGACCAUUUAAGGGUGUGUUUUUAGAGAAAUGGGAGUUCCAAUAACCCACACGACAUCUGUGAUCUUUCUACAGCAGCUUCAGUUUGUGCCAACAUUCCAUGUAUUUGAACAUGAGUUAAAACCAUCCUUAUUAAAUGAGAGCAUACUUAAAGUAGUGUUUGUAUGCCUUAAUGUUCAUUUUGAUUUAUCUUAAAUCUCUACAUUCAGAAAUGGGGUACUGUAUUAUCAGUCCAGGAGGCACUGCUAUGAAAGAUAAUUUACUGUUCUAAAAUACCAAUUUAAAAUAAAGAACAUGAAAGAAAACAUAAGAGAACCAUUGGACUCUAACUGCUUUCAACUAGUUUUGCAGUUUGAUUUUAUGUCUUGAAUACCUUAGUUAUAAAUCUUUUGGAAAAAUCUUGCAUUUACUUAUGAGCGUAAUCAUUCCUUGGAGUUAUACUCUUGUAAACUGAUAACGAACAUUAAAUUAUUUUCCUUCAGUCACAGUGAGAGCAUUUUGCUUUGUAGUUGAAAUAGUCGGUGUGUGUAGGUCUUUAUUUUUCUUUAGGCUGUUUCCCAUCUAAGUGUGUGACUACAGAUGUUAAUUUUUUUUAAAUUGUGAAAACAGUACACUUUCUGACACAUUUUAUUAAACAUAGCUUGAUUGCUUCUUUAUAGUGUUCCUUGUAAGUGAACGGAAAUGUGGCUAUUUGAUGUUAAUGCAACUCUGUCAAGGCUGCAGUCAAUCAUUUUAAAAGUUUUCUCCUAGCAAAAAUGUUCACUGAUUGAAGUGCCUGGGUGUUUUCCCCUCGUGUUUCAGAGCUCUCCUGUAUUAUUUCCACAAUAAGGGAUGCAUAAUUACAGCUUCUGAACUUCUUGAUCACCAGUAGCAUUAAUAACCUAUUUUUGGAUAUGGUAAUGGUACCAAAAGUGUUUCUCAGAAAUAAAAAUGACUUAACCUUUACUCCCAUGAUAAUACCCAGGCACUCCAUAUUUAUCCUAACGCUCUUUAUAGUAUAUGUGCUAUGUCUCGUCUUAAAAACAUUGGAGCAUGGCGGGAAAGUCAGCUUCUUAUGGAUGUUUGUGGAUUCACCAAAUGUUAGUGCAAAUUUUUAUAAAUAUCUGGUGGUCCGUGGGGGAAAAUGUCAUUCUUACUAUGGUUAGAAAGUGAGUUAGAAAUUUCAGCUCUGUGUCUUACUAUUCAAGGUUGUGUUCUUUAAACAUGAAAACCAAAAGGCUGCCUCUAUUAUAGUCCUCAGAAUAGAUGGCUGUCUUUGUUGACUAACAUGAAAUAUUUUUAUGCCAGAGCACGGAGAAUUGUUUACAUUAGUCAGUGGAAUGGUGAUUUUUUUUUUUAAAAAAAAAGAACUUCAGGUUUGCUGUGCUACUGGAAGUAGGAGCUUGAAGAUUUUGGAUAAUGUCUGAUUUAUUGUGGAGUGAAUACAAAUAGGCCUAAUUCAGCAGCACUGAAUUAACCAACUGAGUCCAGAUAAUAAGAAUAAUGCAUUUGUGAUUGUUCUUAAAGUCAAUGUAUUAAAUAGAUUGUUUUUUCUUUUCCCUCCACUGAUUUGAUUUUCACACUAUAUGGCCUUCUAGACAAUUUUCAUUGAAAUAAUUUGGAUUUAGUAAAGUACUAAUCAGAAAGUAAUAAAUUUUAAUAUAUCACAUUGAAA